AUGCAGAAGAUCUUGCAGACAGAUGAAAUUACCAAUAUCCAAGCUUUUAGAAAAGGAAAGAGGAAAAGGACAGAGACAAUGGACUCAGAAAAUCCAAAUAGUGACAUGGAAAAAGGACAGAGAGAUCCAUAUUCGGGAAAUGCCUUUCUGCCUGGGGAGAGCUCCAGUGAGGAUGAAGCACCCUUAGCAGAAUUAUCAAAGGAGGAGUUAUGUGCCAAGAUAAAAAACCUGAAAGAAAAACUAACAAACACCCGGAAAGAAAACAGCCGGCUUCGACAGUCUUUGGUCAUGCUACAAGUGUUACCACAAGCAGUCACCCAGUUUGAAGAAUUGGUUAGCAUGGCGGAAACCUUGCUUAAGGGUGGAGGGACCAUGUCCACAUCUGCGUCCACUCUCUGGAGAGCAACAAAUAAUUCCUCACCAGAUUCAUUUGCCUCAACAGGCAGUAAUUCCAAUUCUAAUUCUAGUUCACCAGUUUCCUUGAAGGCUGAGGAGGAGCAUCAUCCUGAAGAGAAGCAGUUCAAGAUUGAAAAAUGGCAGAUUGCCCGUUGUAAUAAGAGCAAGCCUCAGAAGUUUAUUAAUGAUUUAAUGCAAGUACUUUACACAAACGAAUACAUGGCCACACAUAGCCUGACAGGGGCAAAAUCCUCUACUUCAAGGGACAAAGCCGUAAAACCAGCUAUGAAUCAGAAUGAAGUUCAAGAAAUCAUAGGAGUAACAAAACAGUUAUUUCCCAAUACGGAUGAUGUUUCAAUUAGGAGAAUGAUAGGGCAAAAACUAAACAACUGUACCAAGAAGCCAAGUUUAAGCAAAAAUCUUAACUCUCAGGAUAUUAAGUAGAUCCUUUUGGUAUGACAGGUAUCUGAAGCAAAGCACCUUCAGUUUUAAGACUAACAUUGGACUAGAGAAUUUGCAACCUCCCUGGCAGUGAGCAUAGAGAGAUAUGUGCAGUGACAGGCUAUAAGUCAUCUGUAACAUCGCUGGACUCUCCUGAUGGAGUAAGAAGCUUGCUGAAGAAGCUGCAUGUUGAUUCCACCCUGAAUACCAGUGAUGCAUCAAACCAGAGAAAUUCUACCAGUCAAAUAAGCAUGCAGUAUGGUUUCUUUGGAAAUAUGCAUUUCCCUAUUCCCAAAUACUUCUCUGUACAGCUGAGCAGGAUAGUCAGAGCUCUUACAUUAGCAACAAAACUUCAAUCCCUCAGAUCAGUCGUUGUCCUAACAAAACAUUGUAUAUUUAUAAUUACCAGUGACUCCCCAUCAUAGGUUUUGGAUCUUUAGCAUAAGCACAUGUUUGGAAAAGUAAACAGAAAUAAUCAAU